CUCCCUAAUCCCCCCCGCCCCCCUGCUACCAACAAAUCCCGAAUCCCUACUCCAGCCAGUAUCCUAGCUCCUACUCACGCACCCAUCCGUCACACCUGUCUCCUUCCUUCCUUCCGCCUCGGCAUCCCAAUCACGGGCGCGCCAUCCGCGAUGGCGGCGAUCUCCGGCGGCCACCUCGUCCUCUCCUCCCCCACCUCCUCCAGCCGCCUCCGGCAGCCGCUCCCCGUCCCUCCGCGCACCGCGCGGCCAAUCGCCUCCGCCGCCCGCCGCGGGGUCACGGUCGCCGCCGUGUCCAGCCCCGCCGUGGCCGCCUCCGCGGGGAAAGAUGCCAAACAGGUUCCUAAGGAUUUCCUUCAUAUCAAUGAUUUUGACAAGGAUACAAUCAUGAAGAUCCUUAAUCAGGCGCUCGAGGUUAAGGCGGCAAUAAAGUCUGGAGACAGGAGCUUCCAACCGUUCAAAGGGAAAUCAAUGGCAAUGAUUUUUGCCAAGCCAUCAAUGAGGACCCGUGUUUCAUUUGAGACAGGAUUCUUUUUACUUGGUGGGCAUGCUAUUUAUUUGGGUCCUGAUGAUAUCCAAAUGGGCAAGCGCGAGGAGACUCGUGAUGUUGCUCGAGUACUUUCUGGCUAUAAUGACAUCAUUAUGGCCAGGGUUUUCGCUCACCAGGAUAUUCUGGACUUGGCAAAAUAUGCAUCUGUACCUGUCAUCAAUGGUCUCACGGACUAUAACCAUCCAUGCCAGAUAAUGGCUGAUGCACUUACUAUGCUUGAGCACAUUGGUCGUGUUGAAAACACAAAGGUUGUCUAUGUUGGAGAUGGGAACAAUAUUGUGCACUCAUGGCUUCUAUUGGCCGCUGUACUUCCUUUGCACUUUGUAUGUGCUUGUCCCAAGGGAUUUGAGCCUGAUGCAAAGACAGUGGAGAUUGCCAGGUGUUCUGGAAUCAGUAAGAUUGAAAUAAUAAAUGAUCCCAGGGAAGCAGUUAAGGGAGCAGAUGUUGUGUAUACAGAUGUUUGGGCCAGCAUGGGCCAAAAGGAAGAAGCUGAUUAUAGAAAACAGAAGUUCCAAGGAUUCACGGUGGAUGAAGCAAUGAUGGAGAUUGCUGGUCCAAAGGCCUACCUUAUGCAUUGUCUGCCUGCAGAGAGAGGGGUGGAGGUGACAGACGGUGUCAUUGAGGCUCCCAACUCAAUCGUAUUCCCCCAGGCUGAGAACAGAAUGCACGCUCAGAAUGCCAUCAUGCUUCAUGUGCUUGGCGCUUAAUCCUCCUAUUUCAUGUCAGCAUUACGCUUUUCAUAAAUUCUAAGGCAUUACCGAGGAAUUGAGGCUGUUUUGGCUUUAGCGCUGUAAUCUUAGAGUCUCUUUGGAGGCGAGGAUAGCAGCUUUGGAACAUCUCGCUGUAUUCAGAUGACUUGAGUUGUCUGGUAACCUCAUAUUUUGUACUUCUGGAUGGUAGAUUGUUGUACUGUAGAAGGUCGGUAAUCCUGAAUAAAAAGCGCACCUUUAUAAUC